AAGCUUACUUCCGAUUGUUGGAAACGUGAAAGCUUUUGCAUCGGAUAUUUAGCUUUUAUCAAUUAAGGAAUGUUCCAAAAAGAUUUCCAUUGCAUUCACACAAUCUUACAUCUUAUGUUCACCAAUUUUACGCAACUGUAACUUUACGACAUUUUCUUGUUUGUUGCAAUUUGUACUGAAAAUCCCAAAAAUCAAAUCAUGAAAUGGAUUUUUGAAGAACAAAUGCAAUGUAGUGAUGCACUUUCUUCUCGUGAAAAAAAAAUGAUUAGGGAAAAAGUAUAUGAAGAAGAUUAUUUUCAAGUCAAAAGGAGAAAUAGCAAACAAAGGAGAAAUAGCACACAUUAAAAAAUUCAAAAAAAAAAAAAAAGCACCCUUGACGUUUGACAACAACUUCUCCGAAACAGAGGCUGCUCCAGACUGCAGGAAUCAAAGUCGACCCGCAAUAAAGCCGUGUUCCUUUGCUGUCGUACAUAGGGAAAACUUAAAUCCAUCCACUUUCCAAGAAAAAACUCCGACAGCUCGUCUCCCUUGUAUAUAUAUUGCCCGCUUAAAAUACCCCUACACAUCUCAAAAUAUAACAACUUUCUUUGGAGAUCAUAGUCAGCAAGUUACACAAUCCAUCCUAAGAUUAAUGGCAGGGUUUGGUAAAACAGGUCUUGAUUUCGAGGAUUUAUUGCCAGUGAUGGCGGAGAAGCUGGGCGGAGAAGGGCUGAUUAGGGAGCUGUGUAAUGGGUUCAAUCUGUUGAUGGACAAGGACAAGGGGGUCAUCACACUGGAGAGCUUGAAGAUGAAUGCGGCAAGCCUACGAUUGCAAGAUUUAAGAGACGAGGAGAUUGUGAGCAUGAUUAGAGAAGGUGAUCUCGAUGGCGAUGAUGCUCUUAAUGAGAUGGAGUUUUGUGUACUGAUGUUCAGAUUAAGCCCUGGAUUGAUGGAAGAGUCACAGUUGUUGCUCGAGGAGAUUCUUGAAGACGAGCUCAACACUGCUGGGUUCUAACGCGAUUUUAUUUUGUCCCCUUUUUUCUUUCUUUUCGUCUUUCAUUUUUCUCACAGAUGACAAAAGGGGCAUUGAGCAAACAUUACUUUGUUUAAUAUGGCAAUCAUCGAAUAAUAAAUUGCCUUGGCAUAUAAUAGCAUAAUAAUUUUUUUUAACCAGCUCCUAUUUAAUUUUCUCCCAUCUUUUUUCUUGAUCGGACAGGUAGGCAGGAGGUAAUAUUUGAUAGAGCUAGAACUACUCAAAUCCGAAUAAAAGAAAAAAGAAAUCAUUUGGAACCAACUGUUUAUA